AACAAAGAAAAAUAGCUUGGUAAUGCUAUAUCUAGCCCAUCUAGCCACUAAUUAUAAAACAUUUAUUUUAAUAAUAGUUUAGUGUUUGUCUCUUUGUAAUGUCACAAUAGUGUCAUAAAUUAAUGCAAAGACUUGUCAAAGAAAGCAGUGUCAUAUUAAUCAUCGUUUAUAAUGAUAUCUUUAUUAUCUUCAACAUUAACAGGAUGCAUGUAUUGCCCCAGAAUUCAUGUGACUGAAGUGCUUCCGUUAAAGGUGAUACCUUCGCCUGCAUCGAAUGAGAGGAAAUACUAUCCCAAAAAAAAUUCUAUCUCCUGUUACAGUUCCAGUGAGUGAGCUUCAUGGUAUGAUAAUUUGAUGUUGCAAAAGAGUAAGUAAUUAUAUUUUCAUACUAAAUAAUAUUUUAUAUGGACGCAAACCUUAACUAAAUUUCCGCAAUUAAUUCACAACAGUAAUCCAUUUAAAGAUGCAAAUCAGAUACAAAAUCUGGAAAUUUAUACAGAUUCAUGCAAUCGGAAUUCACAAACCUUUUGAAUGUGUAACCCCGAUGCUAAAAUUAGCUCUGUAAUUUUUCUUCCCUGUUACUCUUGUAUCAUUUAUCGUUCGUCGUUAGUCUCUUUGCCCUCUCUCUUUUUUUUUCUUUUCCUCCUUCUUGCUCUAAUAAGGGAAACGACAAAUUUCUCCCCGCUCUUCCCAUAAGCCUAAACCUCAUUGUUGCCGAGUGCAGCUCUUCGGGAGAGUGGAGCUUAGGACGCUGACACGAGCGCGUUUUCCUCGUCGGGUCUCCAGUUCGGUCAUCCAUUCGUAGGCUCGACUCGCGACGGCCGGUUGCACUCCUCGGUUUGGUUGCACUCAGCUGCACACGCUCUGCAUUCUGUUACGUGUUGAACGCGCACACAGCUCGUACGUUCGAUUCACGGCAGGAAAGAGGAGUCUGACAGGAUCAGAAAAAACUCAGCUGUUCUCUCUUGCCAUCAGCACCGUUUUUCAGCGCUAAAAACAAAGCAAGAUGAGGGAAAUCGUACAUUUGCAGGCUGGACAAUGCGGCAACCAGAUCGGCGCAAAGUUCUGGGAAGUUAUUUCUGAAGAGCACGGCAUCGAUCAGUCGGGCAUUUAUCACGGAGACAGCGAUCUGCAGCUCGAACGAAUCUCCGUAUAUUAUAAUGAAGCAUCUGUCGCAACAUCCACGAAUGGAGGAAAAUACGUGCCGCGGGCGAUUCUGUUGGAUCUAGAACCGGGAACGAUGGACGCCGUUCGUUCUGGCGCUUACGGAAAGCUCUUUAGGCCAGACAAUUUUGUGUUUGGGCAGUCUGGUGCCGGAAACAAUUGGGCGAAAGGGCAUUACACCGAAGGCGCGGAAUUGGUCGAUUCCGUGCUCGAUGUAGUGCGGAAGGAAUGCGAAAACUGCGACUGCCUUCAAGGUUUCCAGCUCACCCACUCGUUAGGAGGUGGUACCGGAUCUGGAAUGGGCACUCUAUUGAUUUCGAAGAUCCGUGAGGAAUAUCCCGAUCGGAUUAUGAAUACUUACUCGGUGAUGCCGUCACCUAAAGUAUCCGACACGGUGGUGGAACCUUACAAUGCGACAUUGUCGGUGCACCAAUUAGUAGAGAAUACCGAUGAAACCUAUUGCAUUGAUAAUGAAGCCUUGUACGACAUCUGCUUCCGCACUCUCAAGGUUUCCAACCCGAGCUAUGGUGAUCUCAAUCACCUGGUUUCGCUCACCAUGUCUGGAGUGACUACUUGUCUCAGGUUUCCUGGCCAGCUAAAUGCCGACUUGCGGAAACUCGCGGUGAAUAUGGUACCUUUUCCGCGUCUGCACUUCUUUAUGCCGGGCUUCGCACCUCUGACAUCCAGGUCUAUGCAACAGUAUUCCGCACUGUCUGUGCCGGAGCUCACCCAGCAGAUGUUCGACGCGAAAAAUAUGAUGGCAGCCUGCGAUCCACGCCACGGCCGAUACCUCACGGUGGCGGCCGUUUUCCGCGGUAGAAUGUCUAUGAAGGAGGUAGACGAGCAGAUGCUUAGCGUGCAGAAUAAAAACAGCUCGUAUUUUGUUGAGUGGAUACCAAAUAAUGUGAAAACUGCCGUUUGCGAUAUCCCGCCGAAAGGUCUGAAAAUGUCGUCGACUUUCAUCGGCAACACCACUGCUAUCCAGGAGCUGUUCAAAAGAAUUUCCGAGCAAUUCACAGCAAUGUUUAGGAGAAAGGCCUUUCUCCAUUGGUAUACCGGCGAGGGCAUGGACGAGAUGGAGUUCACCGAGGCCGAAUCUAAUAUGAACGACCUGGUAUCGGAAUACCAGCAGUAUCAAGAAGCCACAGCGGAAGAGGACUUUGAGGCGGAGGAGUGUGCUGAUGAUUUCGAAACUUGCGAGCAGGAAAACUGAACAUGACGCUUAUUUUUACAGGAUUUAUCUUCAAAUUCUCUGCCUGUUUUCCCGUAGAAGCUCGCAUGAUUGAUUGUGUGUUCGCGAGGAAAGAAAAUCCAUCUUUUGAUACUUUUAUAUACGAUGCGCUUUGUAAUCAGCGAUGUGAAUCUAAUAUAGACGAUCAAGAUUAUUUUUUAAUUACUUGUGAUACUGGAGUAUUUAUGAAAGCUAUAUUUAUAAAAAUAAAUAUUCAAAGAGAUAUACAUAAUAUAUAUUAUAAUAUAAAUUACGUUGAGACGCGUAAUGAUAUAAAUUGGAGAAUAAUUAGGAUGUAAUAUAAUUUCUCUUGUUAAUCUCUGAUGUCUAUAUUGUAUUCAGCUUUACUAGUGAUAAUAAAUAUAAAAAUCUUGAUAUAUAUCGCUGUGACGAAUGUGGCAUGGACUGGAUUACAAUAAAAAUCAUUGAAAAAAUCA